AUGUACGCUGCCGCUCGCACAAGGGUCCUGAUCGAACUGAUCGAGGAAGCGCGUGACGAGCUCAUCCAAAUACGUGAUGACUGGCUAAAAAAGUCGACUGUAGGAACUGCAGCCUCCACCUUGGGCACCGUAAUGUCCGUGGUCGGAUUGAUUGGACUACCGAUGAGUCUCGGCACUUCGUUACUCUUAACUGGUGUUGGAGGGACAAUACAAUCCGUAAGUGCGGGUACAAGCAUCAUAACGGACAAAACUCGUGCUACUAUGAGCAAGUAAGUCCCCCCUGGACUUUGGAACAUUAUACCUUUUAAAGUCUUCCAAAAGGGUUAUUGCUUCUAGGACAUAUUUAUGGCUUCGGCCGAUAGUUCUAAGACUCUAUGGCUAUGACAACCAGCCUUGGGCUGACAUCGCUGACUCUGGAAAAUAACUUCUAACCUCGUGAUUCCUGUUAACUGGAGAACAAAAGUUGUCUGCUCGUUUAUACGAAUUCCCUGGGAUCGGCAUAUGAUGUCGAAAUACGUUUAUGACCCUAGAAAUUUUCGGUACAAUAACUGUACUAUGAUAAUAAUACAGACAUCAUUAAACUUACAGAUGUUUGAUUUUCAUGAGGUGUGUCGACUUAUUUUUGCGUCCUUAUAUUGGAAUUUCACGAUAGUCCACGUGGAUUAGGAGCACUAAUUUCCCACGUUAGAAGCCUCUACUUUUUUGCCCCUACCCGAUGCAGAUAUUCGGCAACUAUCAGAUGUCGCCAAAGGGAAUAGAACAACGAACCAGUGCGUCGAGUCUCAAGAGGGGAUCUAGUCUCGUUUUCGUCUUCUCAAAGAUAUAGGCAGAUUUAUGGUAGUCUAGAGCGGGCUGAAAUUAGAGUGUUAUUUAGGACAUUGAGAAUCGAUUCGAGGUUGCUACGUAUGUGUACUUUCAGGAUAACAACUAUUCAGUUCCAUCGACCCUCCGUUCCAGUCAUGGGCGUUCGGACACAUGCAGCUCUGGCCCUAGCUUACGUCGUCAAAAAUUUCUUUAACGUCACCAGUCAAAACAACACAAAGGCACUUAGAUCUGAGGUUAGAUAAAAGUAUGAUCGUUGAUUUCCUAGACGAAAAAACAUGCCGUCGUCAUAACGAACAGGACUAACUACGUUUGACGGAUACGUGAGUCGCACUUGUCAGUUAGAAGCUGACGACUUUAUUUGACCGGCAUUCGUGAUUCCCGAUGGCCAAUUGUUAUCUCGCAGACAUAAUAUUCACUCCUGAGAAGUCAGCUAGAUUAAACGUAAACUGAAUGAAAGAAAGUUUACAGCAGUCGUUUAUGUAAAGGUUCGCGAUGCCGAUAUUAUCCUCGAACACGGAUGUGACCACCCUGCAGUAAUCUGCCUCCGAAUCCUCUCUGUCGGCCAGCUUUCUAUCCUUGAUCGGUGGCAGUCUGACUUGCCUAACGGAUGCACGGUAAACUUUGGGAAAAUCUGUUCAUUACGUUAAACACAAUCAGAAAACCGCCUUGCAGAGUCCCCGUCUCAUAUACAGCGAGUUUCUGCAGCGAUCGUCUGAAAACCAAGUCCCUUUGGUAUCCAUAACGGCCACAGACGAGAGUCCUGGCGUACUGCAUCACCUCGAGUAAAAACGCCAGUCCAUAAAGGGCAGCAUACUGGAGUAGCUCAUUAUAUUCAGCACGCCAAUUGCACUUGGAUGUGCAUUCGCUAUGUACGUUGACGCCCGUUCUCGUAGCCCUGUCGGUUGAGGUCGGCAACAUUAAAGGUUCGACAUGCGUAGUGGAAUCAUUCUGUCUAUGCUAGCUGCUGCAAAGUUGCUUGCAAGUGUGUAUAUUAAGUUCCAAAGCACAACGGAACAAGCGCCUGGUGUAAAAAUGCCACUUUAAUUCGUUUUUAUAUGCUGGCUUAGACGCUAAAUGUUAUUACGAACAAAUGGAUCUCCAGAUUUAACAACCCGAAAUUAGAUUUUUUGAUUAGAUGAAAAACCUCCUUUGGUGUGUUGCCACGUCCUUAACAGUCUUUAAGUACAUUUUGUGAUCAGUGCUCAAGUCUUCGUCUUCAAAGAAGUCCAAGUAGGAGAAUAAUCUUCAAAAUUUGGUCCUUUCCGACACCUUUCUGACUGCCACCAGGAAUGCAUCUCGUGAAGAGGAGAAGUCGCCUUUUCAUCGCUCAGUUCGAUUCACAUAUAUGUUAUUUAUAGUUUCGAUAAUAAAGAAGAUAGGGUGUGAUAACAAAGACCUACAGGGAAGUACAAAGACCGGUCGAAUGUCCCUUCCACAACCACUGCAUUUGCAGUACAUUUCCUGGUUUUGAGUGCUGGCAAAAUCGUCAGAAUUAUUCCUUCUAAGCCAUUUUCUUAGUUAGAUUCAUCAGCUUUUAUUGUUGUUGUUAUCAGACUCAGUGCCUUGCAACAUCUUUCAUCGGUCUUUGUUAAUAGAGGAAAAUUCGAGAUGUCCUUCCUAAUAACAUUAUUUAUUUCCAUAGAACUACUCUCAGCUGUGUUUCAAGUAAACAAAUGUUACGUAGCGUCGUGGACGUUUAAGUUGCGAGACUGCGCCUGACAAGUAUACCUGAGAUAACCUUAACAAAAAUGCGAUGGUAACAAGGGCUGAAUGUUAAGCCUGCAUUUUCUUUUACAUCACCACAGGUCUACGCUGAUAUUUUAGUUUAGCUUAUGGAGGGCAAUCGGAAAUUGAAUAUUAUUUGCAGAGCAAAGACGAAUCGAUCACCUAUAAAAUCGCUGACCCAUGUCAACGAAUUAUUAGUUUUUGCCUGCAUGUGGAGGGUGCCUGGUUUCUAUGUUCACCAGAACAGUGAAGUGACAGUCCCAUGUGUUUAUCUUACGAACAGCCUCAUCUUACUCUGCCCAUUAAGGAAUAAAUAUCUGGUUACUCGGUUAAGGUAGGCUGUUAUGCACGAUUUUGCCCCCUUCCGUAAUAAUACGCACGUUUUAAUGUUGUUUGCCAUAACAGCAACACUAUUGAAAGAAUAAACAGAGCUCUGGAAAGUUAUGAUCAAAUCGCGGAACGACUUGGGCAAAUGAUACGCAACCGUCCCUCUGAAAUCUCCCAAAAUUCGCAUGGAGGACCUCUUGCUCUGAUGUCCGCUGCGAGCGGAAUAGGGGCUUUACGAGGGAACUGGACUCUUCUAAGGCGAAGUCUUACGCAAACAUUGAAGCUAUUUGACGUGUCCAAGAAGACGGCAUAUGUGGCAUCAGUCAAAUGUCUUGGAUCAGUGGCCCGAGCUAUUUCAUAUUUCGGCGUUGGACUCCAAGCCGUGGAAAUCGCUUCUCUGGUGAAAGAAUGGGACGCGUCGCAUCCGGAGGUUGAAGCUGUAGACAAAUUGCUGAGACAGUUAAGGUUUGCACCGAGACCAGCUUUUCUGUUACUGUCUUUUCCUUCGGCCAUCUGAAUGCAAUGGUCUCUCUUGUUAAUGGCUGUAUCGUGAGGUCUUACAAAACUAGGAUGAACUCAACUGGUAAGAAUUACUACAUGACCCCUAAAGUAGUCAGAUCUCGGGCCACUAAAAGUGAUUGUUGGUGAAAAGGCGAAAUAAAGCCUACAAAUACACAGUGACAGAUCCCAUGAAAUGGUAAAUAAACGUCUGAAAUGCGUUUUCGAUAAGGAAGGAGCUCCUAAGUAGCUUUUGAGAUGUAUCAACAUGGAGCAAAAUCCCAUUAAAUGUCGGACACAACAUUUCGCGUAGAUGUCUUUCUGGCCUCCUUCACAAACCUCACUCGACCGAAAGUAACUAUUUUGGUAGUACGCGUUUGUUCUAUCCAUUUUCAGUCGCCUAAAAUAUUUGAAUGCAUUUUGCAGAAAAAGUGGGCAAAAGCACUUUUCUCGUAUUCAUUUGAUAGUACAUUGCUUAAGUUUUAUUCUUAAAUUAAAUUCAUGUUUAGGUUUACAAAGGGUUUACAAAUCUGGAGUAAUUUUGGGCCAGAUCUUACCUUUUGUUUGACUUUAGGAUUUUCAGUCCACAUGAUGUAUGCCUAACGUGUAAGGAACAAAUACGUUCCUGUAUGUCAUUAAGAAGAUAAUAUAUAGUGCUCAAACGACUAUGCAAUCGAUUUGGGCUAUAUCGUGUACUUGAUGCGAAGUAUUGAUAAACGUACGGAUAUGAUGUAGUUUAAAUGGACAUUGUACAGUCUUGAAUUAUUUUACAAUAAGAAUUUUUUAGGGCCAAAAUAUGGUAUUUUCAAGUAAAACGCUUGAUAAGGACAUAAUUAGCUAUCAACAGUGUGCAAGAUAGAAAACGCCAGCUUAAGUUUUCUUUAAAAUACAUGAAUCAUUUCGCCAUUAGAGGUUUUUUUCAGAGCCAAAAUAUAGUCUUUUUAGUAAAAUGCUUGAUGAAGACAUGAUUAGCUAUCAACAUUGUCGAAGAUAGAAUAUUUUGGAUCACAUUUUUCUGAAAAUACACGAAUUUUGAAGGCAUCGAAAAUUACUAGAAAAAAAUGCAGACUGCUUAAGAAGUAAUCCAUUAUCAGGUGCUGUAUUUACAGGCGGCCGAAAGGAAGUCCAUCCAAAAGCCGACAUACUAGGGUGUCCGAAACACUGUGUUCUAAACUUUUGAGUAUUACAACCCCACUUAAAUAGUCUGUCCUUAUCAACAACGCAACUCAGAAUUUCGGUCAAAGUUUCGUGAUAUCAGUCACUGACCGUAGAUUCAUGGGGAACAGUCUUCCCAGAUUAGUUGCUUUCGUUGAUGACAAGCCAAAUGAAAGGGCCUUGGUGCAGGAUAAUUUGCAAAUGGCGGACAACAGGGUUGACGGGCAAUACUUAGGUUAAGUUUAAAUGUCAUAAGUCCUGGUUACUUGUCUUAUUUAUUAAAUACUACUACCAACCUAGAGUAGUAUUCACUCCCCAUAACCUACAGCUGGGCCUUGUAAAAUAUGCCAUUUUGCCGCACCCAGCCAAGGCAACAACGGGUAAAUACUAGCAGACCCGUUCAUAGUGGUCUCCCAAACAACUGACAAUGUUUCCUGUUUCAAGUGGUACGGCGAACCAUUAAGUGCAGACAUCCUUCUGACAUCACGACAUCUCUACGCAUCCGGCAUAAUACGUACGCAACCCAGAUAUUGCAUAACCAGGACUGUGAACACGACUAUUUAGCCCAUUCAUAUGCGUAGUUGAAAUCACUACCCGAAAUGUCAGAAAAAUAAACCAUUCCCGAUGAACGCCUACGCUACUUUAAUUUCUACGUUCCACACUCAACAAACCAUCAAGUAGCAACUAUGUACCCUAGCUUUCCUUCUCUGAAACAAGUUGAUUGCUAGUUACAGCAUAGGUUAAACUCUGUCAUUCCCCAUGAACCUCUUUCAUCGAAAUCUCUGUCAAGAUGGAAAGUGCCUUUCUUAAGCUAGCAGAAUGACUGGAAUUUUCCAGAAAGAAGUCAUCUUAAGAUACUCCUUUAAUCAUUUUUUUAGGGAUAUUCAGAGAAUAAUUGACGAUGAAAUAAGGCGACUAUUAUAA